GUACAACAAUCAUCUUUCACAUUCCAGAGUUGAACGCGAAAGGGGGCAAUGGCUAACUCAUCAUAGGUGAUCUUCGAAAUGGAUGGUGUCCAGGACCGGAGAUGGAAGAUUCUGUCUUUGACUAUCCAGGGCGUUCUCUUCAGGAUCCACACCCUUGCUUCGUCACUUGGAAGAACCACCUCAAAUAGGCCAAAUUUUGUUAUAGAAACCCUAAGGUUUCCUUUCACCCUCCAUGCUUCAACCAGUCCCUCCUUCAGCUCUGCUGUAGUGAAUUUGGCCUCCGAAAAGAGCCUUCCCAGCAGGGUCCUCGAGGUGCGAAACCUCACCGAUUGGACCUCCUCAAGUGAGAACUCAACCACCGAAAAGAGCCUGCUGGUCGUCGCCCGAGGGCAUAGUCACCCGUCGCACCCGACCCUAGGUCUGCAGAGACUUCUGAACUCUCUGCUUCGCCUGCGUACACCGGCGGCAGCCUCCCAAGAGCAACCGAAAGAGGCCUGGUCCCGAGGGCAGUAGCGUCUCUUGCAGUAUCGCUUGUAAAAGAAAGGUGGAAGCUAUUC